CUCUAAUUUUUACGCGCAUAUAGCCACACCACGUGUUGUAUCUCUCCAAGUUCUUACGCAAGUCGGGUUGUAGUUGUUCGAUCGAUGCGAAUAAUUGCUGACGACGAGAGAAAAUUUCCACUCUGACUUUCGCAACUCCUGUAGUCUUAAGCUUGACAUCGUCGAGUUCUUGGGGUCGAUAGCCUUUGUGAGUGUAUGACGAGAGAUGAUAUCGAAGCAGAAGUCUACUGAAGUGUUCGCCUUGGCGAUUGUGGUCGCUGAGAAUUUGACACAGAUGUCGUCGUAGACCUGGGAAGAUGUUGAGCACUAUUGAGGUAGUUGUAGAGAAUCCACAUAUUGAUUGCUUUACAACAAACGAGAGCAGACGUGAGUGAGACUCGACCUUUAUCGUGGCGGAAUAGACUCGAGGGAAAGAUUACCUCUCCUGUAUCCAAUGGAUGCUCUGGCUUCGUGACAUGUGAGUGCAACGAGUGCUGGGUGAAUCGACGCGUUCUUGUUUUGUAGCUGGUUUUCAUUUUGUAGCACUAAUUAUGCACAUGUUUCUAUGUGUGACGUUUCUUUUUCUUGCUUGUAGACUUACUAUAGACGUUGUACUGGAGUCGAAUGAUCUAAUUCUUUUUGUCUUGUUCGUUUAGAUCCUUUUCCGUUUGAUGUUUUCUAAUUUUGCCGACUACACUCUGCUCAUCACCUCUCUGUUGUGUUCCUUUUGACAACGAUUGAAUCCGCCCUAUCUUGUAUCAUAAAUAUGAAUUUAUACUUUUUCUAGGUCAUGAACAAAAAUCCAUCUCGUGUUUAUCUCUCGAUAACUCACAUGUCAUUCUAUUGAUCCAUCUCAUCCACCACAACUAAAAUUUUUAGGGUCGUAGUCAUCCCCGGGACCAGUGGGGAAAAACCCGGUAUCCAUGCACUAUUGUAGGACGUCUUUUCGAAACAUGGCCACUUCUGUUCAGGACAGCACCUUCGCGUGUUGAUCACCAGCUUGGAUCGCGUCGAUCUGUUGAUCCAGAAUCAAGAGUAACACGACUAUCUGUUCUUUUCCUUUUGUUCUGCUUCAACUAGCUUUCAAAAAAGAAGCACAAGUACACUACAACAAUAAGUUUUCACCGUGGAAAGAAGCAUCUUCAACAACUCCAGUUCUUAGUGCAAACUCAGUACCUCCGUCAAGAUGCCGGACGAAAAGGGAGAUGCCUUCAAGGCGGACGUGUGGAUCCAUCAGCGGGUCUACAACCUCUUUGGGUUUCCGAAAGCCAAGAUGGACAAGGCGAUGCAGACAAUAGAUGGUUAUGGCAGGAGGCUUUGAAGAUCUAAUUGUAUAAUUAGACCUAAUUGUAUAAUUAGAUUAGCGCUUUUUGUAACCCGGGAAUGAGUUUGAAGACCUAAUUGUAUAAUUAGAUUAGCACUUUUUGUAACCCGUGAAUGAGUUUUUAGAGCUUAUCAGAACCCGUGAAUUAUGGGUACACUAUUACUACUACUACUACAACUACUACUACUUGUUUACGAUUAACGAGCUAGAGCAUCAUACAGUGGCUUCUACGGGAUUCCGCUCUCGUCCAUCAUCAUUAAUUGUUAGUCAUCUUACGGUCAUCCCUCUAAAAAAGCGACACUGUGACAGAGGUGAAAAUGUUCUUGGAGAAGGAGGACUACCAAUUUCUGUGCUUCUCAACCGCCGCGGAAGGUGUCUGGACGGCGGUGGCGGAACUCCCAGACCUUGUGAAAUUGAAGAAGAAAGUCAUUUUUGUGCACAAGGUAUUGAAAUUACUUAUAGAUACAUUCAUAUUUGGGUGUUAUACUUAAGGCUCAACUUAUUUCAUUGGUCAUAGAGGUUGGUCACUGAAAUCAAAGAAGGCCCCCUGGAGAGAACAAGGGAAAAAGAAGGGAAAGGGGAGAGCCUUGGAGGGGGUCGCUUCCGUUCCGAGUCAGUGACCGAUGAAUGCUGCGCUUCAAUAUACAUCCAUACUAGGGUGUGCUAGUGUUUGUUCACAGGGUAUUCUUGAAGUCAAGGGCAAUAUGUAUCUACUGCCUCUCUUACUCAUCUUACCAUUGUUGAGAAGUGGGUACUUUUCUUCUACUACGUACUGUUCGGAAGAUAUGUUCUAGCAAUGAUUCAUGCUUGAAAGCACCGAUGCAAACCUUGUACCAUUACUACCCACCAGGUCGGCGCAGGAAAGAUCACCCCAGCGAACUUGUUCGAUAAGGUGAUUUUCAUGGAGGCCACAAAAGACAUUAUGUCUUUGCUGAACACCUACUGCCAUAGCGUCUACCUGUCCACGCUGAGCAAUCCAGCGAACCAGACAGGAUGGUCAGACCUCAUCUCCAAGGACUUGAUGGACAAGUACCAUGUCUUCCUAGCAAACCUGCACGUGACCUGCGGUCUCAUGGUCGGAAAGACACUGCUGCCACUGCCGCCUAAGGUUAUGAAAGAAAGCUGGUGGGUGUAACUAUUAGAACAAAACGAGAUAUUGUGCUAAAAACUCUUGGAAGAUAAAUUGAUAAUGAAUACCGAAUAAGGACUAGUGUAGGUCGAACGACCUGCAGACCCAACUACACUAAGGCUUAACAUAACAACUCUAACCCACAAGCCACAAACGAGCGUGCUGGCAACACGAAGGACCGAGUGCAUAUCCUCGAGUCAGCGGUGAUCACUUGGACAAAGCAAAUCUCACACGUGCUCAAACAAGACCCUGAAGCAUUGUUGAAGCAGGGAAAUCCUGGACCCCAGGUCGAAUUAGACUUCUGGAAGAACAAGUUAUGGCAGACAUGACUACUAAAUUUAGAGAGAGAGAGUUAGACUUCUGGAAGAAUACGUUAUGGUAGAGACAUUAUCAUCGACUAUUUCUUUCUCUUGAUCCAUCAGAAUGUUUCCUAGAACCAUCAGACUGCUUCCUAGAACCAAUUUCGAUGGAGUUCUAGAUUAGAAGGAUGCUAUGUUUCUCCAUGUAGUUAGUAAUUCUCCUGUUUCCUAUGAGAUUACUCAUCUAAUGAAAGCAGCGAACCUGAAUGUGAUCCACGCACAGCUGCAGAGCGAGCAGUUGAAGAAAGUCCUCAAGUUCUUGGAGCAGAAUAAAUCCACCUACACCAACCCGUUCUCAAGGCAAUACACUUACACUAAACUGUUCUCAAAGCGCAUGGUGAAGCAUAUCACUUCUUCUCUAGUCUCAGCUUAAUGACUUACUUUGUUAGAUAGUAAUGGUUCCUCUUCCUGGCUUGCCGUAUUUGUGUGAAAACUAAGUCUCACUUAGUAGAUGCUUCUAUAUUUGAGUUCUUUGAUAGAAGCUUUUCCCCUGUAAGCUCCUUUUUCCCCUCCCCCCCACCAGGUUACAAAAGGAGGUCGAGCAAGCUCGGGAUGAGGCAAUUGAUAACGAUCACUUUUUGAAGACCUUAGUGCCGUACUUUGACGUGCUGACAAACGACGGUGCGGAUUUCGAAAAAUUGCCUAGUUGCUUUGAUGGUCUCUUGCAUACCAUCUUGCUGAUCUGGAAGUACUCGAAAUACUACAACACGCCAGGACGACUAGUGGUCCUGAUUCGUGAGGUCUGCAACGUGAUCAUCAACCAGAGUCUCAAAUACAUCAACGGACCGAUGAUCUUCUUAUGGCCUGCCCCCGUACUACAUGAAGAUGACAUACUAGGUUGAUGGCCCCCCGUGCAUGAAGAUGACAUUUACUAGGUCAUUUAAGCAAAAUUAAGCGAGCUACUGACUGAAAUAAGAGAGUCUAAUCCUCACAUUGAUCCAAAACGAGGAAGCCAAGGAGGCCGUGGACAAGCUGGAGAAGACCUUAGCGAUUUGCACCGAAUUCAAGGACAGGUACGCCAUGUACAAGGACAUCGCUGAGCAGCAACCCAAUGUUAAGGCAAGUCAGUCACCACUAUGUAUCUUCCAAUAAAGUACUUUAAGAACUGUCCUCUUAUCCUUCCUCUUCAGAAGUGUGGAAGUAUCCUCCCUCUUCAGAAGUGUGGACUGCGCUGAGUGGAUCAUUCUCCCGUACAUCACAUGGACAAUCUCGAGAGGGUUCAAUCUCAACAGGGUCCUUCAGUGGGGUCGAUUUUCCGGGGGACAAGGGGAACCCACUCGGCCACAGAGUUAACUACCUUAUAACCGCGCGACCUCGCCUAACAAGUAUCCUUUGUUUAGAUAAUCACAUAUAUUAACUCAUCUUUUGUUUAGAUAAUCACACAUAUUAACCCAUCUUUUGUUUAGAUAAUCACAUAUAUUGACCCAUCUUUUGUUUACAGAUAAUCAUAUUAUACAGAGUUAACUACCGAGUGAAUCGACGUACCUCUAACAAGUGAGGAUGGAAGAUCCAGAGCAACGCUCUGUUCAUCCGCUUAGACGCCUUUAGAGAACGCUGCCGAGAUAUCUUGGACUUCACCAAGACCGUCGUCCAAUUCAUCAAGCUGGUAUUUUCUACUAACUAGUGGGUAGUAUGAAAAUCCUACUAAGUAGGUUAUAACUUCAUAGAAGUAUAAAUCCUAAGGUGAAAACUAAUAUACUAAUCGACAUCUACAAAGAUAUUGUUGGAAGGGCUAGAUCGUUGUUCUUGCCUGUAAAACCGCCUACUUAACAUUGAUGUUGUUCUUGCCUGCAUACCCGUCUACGGACUGGGUAUUUAUAUCAUCAUCAACAUUGAUUUGUUGUUCUUGCCUGCUAAACAUCCUUAAAAACUACAUCAGGAACGUAUCGAUAUCGGUGGUACUAAGGGAAGACUACUCACAGCGGCUAUCGUCAACAUCUAUGAGGAAUUUAACAAGGCAGUUGCUACCUUCCAAGCCGUCGACUACGAUGUCAUGGACAUCCAGGAGAGCCGAUUCGAUGACGACUUUUAUGGCCAUGUUGACAUGCACAUGGAAAUACAUGGAAAUCGCAACAUGACAUGAGCUUUUUGAGGUGGACGUAGAAAUCUCGACAGUAGUUGUUGUUGUACAAGAACAUCUUCACGACCGAAGGUUGCAAAGUUGUCUUUUAUACCGAUGAUUUUCUGUACUUGAUCGACCUAGAAAUAUUGGACGAGACGAGAGGACAUUCAUCUUAUAGAUACAGUAGACUUCCGGAUUUUUUAGCACCACAGCAGGAUAAAAAAUCCUAUCUUCAAUCUUUGGUCUACUUGUAGGCACAAAUAACCGAAAUAUACUGCAGAGUCAUAGUUGCCAACGACAACCUCUAAAACCCCUUUACCUUUCGCAUGAGCAUCAAGGAGCUGGAUAGGAGGAUGGCCACCGUUUUAGGUCUCGGCUUCGACGAUUUAGACACAGUCGGCGGUCGCGCAAAACUCUUCGACGCUUUUGAGGGUCUGUUGGAACGACCCAUUUUGGAAGAUGAGCUAGAGAAGAAGUACGUGCUGCUCUUGCAGGGUGUGAAGUUACGCUGAAUCCAUCGUCGACUGGUCUAAACCUAGAACCAUUUUUGUCGUAAUGGAUACUGUCUGGACGAACUGGAAUGAUGUAGAGAAUGGAAGCUUUCUUCAGGUUCAGAUACGAUCUUCAUCUAGAGACAAAGUUCUACUUCUAGCUGCUGGACAAAUUUAUUUCCAAAAAGAACUGCAUAGACAUAGUUAGUUGUACUACUACUACUACUAUGUUUAUUUUCCAUCUAGAAGAAGAAAAUCCAGAAGAACGUUUUCUUCAUCUAAUCUUCGCAGACUUGAAAGUGUGCAAGACGUUGUUCUCACAGAACAAGGCUCAAGUGGAUUUGGUCAGCGAUAUCGCGCCUUUGUUCCUGAACUUCCCUCCGGUCGCUGGCGCGAUCUACUGGGUUCGAUUAAGGCUACAAACACAAUCAAAUUGUUCAUCUGAUUGAUAUGAAGCAUCUUUGCAGCCUUCUACCUCAAAGAGGAGUUUCCAAUUUCGAGGCACUCAAGUGUCCUUGAUAUUGUUUAGUCUCCCAGAUAGUACAUGUACGACUAUGUGAGACUCAUGCCAUGCCAUGCAGCCUCCUUCUUCAAAAGGGAAGGACACGGCAAAGAUGCCUUUGCAGAUGAAUAGGGGUAAGGGCUAACUCGAGCACUGAAGCAGCGUAUCGAUAUGCCGAUGUCGAAGCUGCUCGUCUUCAACAAGCUAGUGCGGGAAAAGCCGGAGGACUACAGGGAAGUCGAGAAACUCUAUAGCCAACUCUCCGAACUCUUCGAGGAGUAUGAGACGAAGAAAUACAAGGAGUGGAAGGCGACUAGCGUGGAAACGACCAAGGACAAACUGAAGAUGCGAUUGUUGCGACGUAUGGAAAAGACCGGUUUGUUGAAGGUAAACUUCGAUCCCGCCCUAGUCCGCCUUCUUCGCGAAGUCCGAUACUUCUUGGUACUGCCGUGUAAUUCUUUUUUGAUAGAAGUGUACUGGUAGUGGUCACUUAUUCGUUUGUCACCUAUUCGGAGUUCAUUAGGCCUAAAUUUUGUUCAUCUGUCUAGCUUAUAAUUCAUUGUUGGGUAAGUAGGUUGUUCUGUGUAUUGAUGUUGUUUUAUGUCCACUAGAUGCUCGACGACGACCGACUACAAGUAGUUACACCCACAUGAGGAGAUGAAAUUUGUCACCACCUUUCUUCCCUAGAAUUUUUCCACUAAAACACUACGUUUCUCUCUUCCUUCUACGUUUCCUCCAACAUUAAGACUCAGCGAAUGCGAAACAUAUUCUUUCUCUAUUAGAACUUCUCUCUGACUUCCUACACUAAAACACUACCUCUUUCUCUUCCUUCAGCUGUUCGGAAUCGAAGUUCCGGAGACGGCUCUGCAGAUCUUCUCUCGCGCCGAUGUGUACCGAACCUGGUGUGGCCAGCUGGAUAUCGUGGUCUCCAAAUACAACGCUGUCCUCACGGAACUUCUUCCCGUGGAAGAACCGCUGCUCGAGGACAAGAUUGUGCGCAUGGAUUCGGCACUCAGUCCGGGUUUGACCGACCUGCGAUGGAAGAGCGAGGACAAGAUCCCAGCGUUGAUUACCUCCGUCACAAGCGUGGUCGGCGAAGUGAGCGAUGUCGUGGACAUCAUCAAGUCAAAUCUGAAGAAGACCUCCACCAUCAUCGAACAGUGGUGCCAACAACCAUUGCUGGAGCGCAAGGCGAAGCCGAUGUCGGUCGAAGAAUUCGACUUGGCGCACAAGGCCAACGUGGGCACGAAGUUGCACAUGAUGGGAGAAGCCGGAAAGGAGAUCCACAAGUUCCUGAAGGACAGCAACGAGGCCUUGAAGGUCCCGAAGUCCUCCGCUAUCUGGAAGAACUACGUCGAUUUCGUGAACAACAUCAUGAUCGAGGGUUUCGUCUCCGUUAUCGCUGUUUCCUUGCAGUACCUCUGCGAAAUUUUGGAUCCUCUGAUCAUCUCGCGGCACGACGUUCAGCCGCUAUUCGACAUCAAGAUCGAAUUGGACUCCGACACUUACGGCUUUGUGACUGUUCACUUCUAACUACUUUUAGAGAUGAUCAUGAUGAUUUCUAUACAUAGUACUUAUAGAAGAUAAUUGAAGACUUUCUACUCAUCCCCUUAUAUUUUUUCGGUGUUAUAAUUCUACUGAGAAAAUGAUAACUUUUCACUUGUUCCGAUCUGCAUCAACAUAGGAAGAAAUGCGAAUCGUGAAUCAAUUUCCUUUUCCCCUACGUCAACAGCACCAGGCGAGAUCUAUUCCCUUACUCCUCUAACCCUCAGGCGAGAUCGUGUUCGAGCCGCCCUUCGCUCCACGCCAAAGUGAUGGCGUGUCUCUGCGUGGUACGGUGAAUGGCUGGCUGCGCGACUUUUUCGCCAUGGCAGCCGUGACGAUGCCCCGAUUGGAUACCGGAACUGGAGACUACCUAAACGAGAUGAAGGAGCACUUCCAGAUGCAGUGCCUGCUCUCCUUUUAAGGAUCAAAAAUCCUAUUCAUUUCUUUACAGGAGUGUGAGUCACAUUAUUCUCUGUUUAUUGUUGCGUCUUCUUGGAGGUCUGAACUUCUCGUGCAGAAGGUCAUCCCCAAUACCCAAGUAGAUCUUCAUACAUCAACAAGGAGAUCUUCAUAAACUUAUAGAUCGUACAAGAACAAAGAAAACACUUAUAAGCAAUUAAUGUAUAUGGACUCGUCUUGAACAGGAACAAUUGAAUGGCCGCUCUGCGCUAAUCCUGGGUCUUCGAGUUAAUCGACAACACGGAGAUGAAGUGCUUGGAUUACCGACAGACCUUCAUGCAGCACAGCUUUUUGUGGCGCGAGAGCAUUGACGAGACCUUCAGUGACUUCCUGGCUGAUGGCGCUCAGGACUUGGUCACCGUAGAAGUUGAGGAUGGCAUGGACUUUCCCACGAUGAUGGCCAACGCCAAUAUCGACAUGGGCCCAAAGAUUCCCCCACUGGAGAAAUUCGACGAACAAAUCACGCGGUUCAAGAAACUCAAGUUAAGCAGUUCUUUAAUCAUUAUUAAUGCGUUGUUGUACUGUAAUUUUCAAAAUGCACCAGCACCAUACUGUUGUUAAGUGCAGCACCGUUUAAAGGUGCUUUUGUUACCGUUUGUUAUGGCUCUCUCCCUUAGGUGGGGACAGCCAUAACAAGCGGGAUUUAAACGAACACCAAAAACCUACCGCUAAUUAAUGUGUUGUUGUACUGACUGUAAUUUUCAAAAUGCACCAGCACCAUACUGUUGUUAAGUGCAGCACCGUAAAUUUUUUUGUUGUACUACUGACUACUACUCAUGGCCUUAUUUGCAUCACGAAAGAUAAGAAGGUGCUCAUCUUCUAAUCCUUGAAGAGAUCGCCGGCAUGAAGACCCCGGUGGACAUUCACUGGCUGCGCAUCAACUCUCAACCAGUGAAGAUCAACUUGGUUCAGUACGUGGCGAAGUGGGAGGAACGGUACUCGCAUUACCUCCACGAGUACGUGGAGGCAAGAAUCGUGAACCUCAUGGGCUUCAUUAACAAGGUGCAGAAGGGCCUGACGGAGAUGUCACCGGCGGACGACCCAGAGAACUCGAAGCUGCUCUACCAGACCAUGACACACAUUCGCGAUGUAAAGUUCCUCCAGGGCCCUUUGAAGGCCUUGUUCGAUCCGAUCCGCAACGGCUGCAAUUUGCUAAAGAAGCAUGGAGUUCCAAUUUUAUGUUCCAAUUCUCAUGGUAUAGAUUUUCAUAGACCUCCUCCAAGUAAAAAUUAUGUUGGAGGAUACCAUUUUCUCCGAUAGUUUCUUGUUCUUCUCUUUACCCCAGAUCAAGCAACUGACUUGUUUACCACGGAUGAGCAACGUUUUUCUUUCAAUUUUGCUCUUAGUAGGAUGGAUGUAUGAAGAAACAAAGAGAGUGAGAGAGUAAGCCAAAGGCAAAUAGUACGUAGAUACAAAUGUUGCUAACGUAUAAAAAGUCGAAAAUUGAUGUACAAGUUUCCUCUUCUAAUCACUGCCGAGGAGCACUUGCUGGAAUUGGAGGCUGCGCCGGCCAAGUGGGAAGAAGUUAUUCGCGCUGCCUUCGACGAGCGCGAGCGGAUCCUUUAAGGCUUUUACAUAUUUUUUUUUACAUACUCUUCUCGAGGAAGAUGCUCUCAACAGUGAAGCAUCCUCCCAAGAAGAGUUUGAGAGGCAUCUUUGGGGGAACUUUCAAGAAGGGAAAGAAUAGGGCAGCAAGGACGUCACUUUCUAGAAGGGAAUACCGGUAAGGUCUAAAUUCUGCCUCUGCAGAAUGUGGAGAUGCUCAAGAUUCGACACAAGAUCGACAGUUUCGGUUCCCAAGUCGCCGACUUCCGAGCGGAAUUUCGCGCCAACUGUCCGUUCUCCCACGAAGAGUACGUCGAUUUGGUCAUCCCGGAAGAGCUGCAAGCGCAGAUCGACGAGGCGGCCAACAUUAAGGCUACCGCUGAAGCAUGUCCACCUUAACACCAUGAUCCUUGGCUCUUUUUUUUCUUUCUACCUGAAACAGAAGCAUCCUCCCAAGAAACUACAUGCUCUCCUCGAGGAAGAUGCUCUCCUCUAGCAUAUACUGCUCUCGAUACUGCUCUAAGAACAGCGCAGACGCGCAGAAGCUGAUGGAUGCCUUCGAGCGCGAAGGGUAUGAUGCCGCUUACCAGAAGCUCGACGAUUACUACGUCAAGACUGGAGAAAUCCAGAAGACGGCAGCCGAAUACAACAACUUGGAGAUUUUGUUCGAUAUCUCGGUGUCGAACUACCGCUCUUUGAAGGAGUCGCUCGACGAUUUGUUAAGGCAUGAUUGUUGAAGAUGAUGACCUGAAGACUGACAACUUUUAGUUCUUUUAUCAUGAUCAAGACCUGAAGGCACCUCUUCGUUCUUUUAUCAUGAUCAAGACCUAAAGACUGGCAACUUUUAGUUCUUUUAUCAUGAUGAAGAUCUCGACAACUGACUCUUACUUCUUUUCUUUGUUAGGACGAAAAAAAAAAUAUAUCACGCAUCGCUAAUCGCCGGUUUGUUGAAGAACUUGUGGGACAUGAUCGUGAUCGUGAAGAGCACCUUCAAGGACUGGAACACCACUCUGUGGGACAAGAUUAACACAGACGACUUUUAAGGCUAGUUCUACUCCUUUAUAGUGAGUUACUAUAGGUAAUAUGAAUAUAUUUUUUUUUACUAUAAGUAUUAAGUAAGUUAUUCAUCUUUCUUGGAGGCAUCAUCUCUCUUGAGAGGGAGAGGCAUCAUCUCUCUUGAGAGGGAGAGGCAUCAUCUUCUUUCUUGCGAGGCCUUGUCGUUGUCCUAUGGGGUACUACAAAAACGCAUCUACUUCUUGAAAGAUGCUCUCCAACAAGAUCACAACUUGAUUAAGGUAAGACGAUGCUCUCAUCUACUUGAAGAUCCAGGUCGUAAGCUCUAAGAUUUGAUGACCCGCGUGAAAGAGAUCCAGAACCAGGUGAAGAACAUGCCGAAGGGCAUGCGUGCGUGGAAGCUGUACAACUGGCUCGUCGACGUCGUGAAGAACAUGUCCACUGUUCUGCCGUUGAUCAACGAUCUGCGAAGCGACACGAUGCGCGACCGCCACUGGAGCAUGAUCAUGGCGGUUACGGGCAAGCACUUCGAAAAGGGACCCAACUUCUGCUUCAAGGACUUGUUGUUAAGGCCUGAUAUUGAUAUUUCUAUUUGUCCAGAACAAUGCGUAGCACAAGAACGUGUUCAUACAUGAUAAUUGCUAACCUAAGACUGCCUGCAUUUCUCGGCUCUUAUCUCUUGCUUACCAGCUAUUUGUCUAGAAAUCCCUUAUGACACCUCAAUGGCCUCGAACGCUCACCCCCUCAUAGGUGAGCCAACUCCUGUCCUAUCCUUACUCGAAGAUAGUACGAUGAGCCUAUUAAAUUUCAAGAUGAUAGCAAGGUAAAGGACUUCCUCUAAAUUACGUGCUCAACCUCCACCACUUCGCAGACGACGUGAGCGAGAUUGUGGACCAGAGUGCGAAGGAAGCCAAGAUCGACAAGAAGUUGACCAUUAUCAAGAACACGUGGUCCAAGAUGGAGCUCAGAUUCGAUAUGAGCAAUCCGGAGGUUCCGCUCCUUGCCGAGUUGGGCGAAACUAUCGAAAUUCUCGAGGCUCACUCGCUGGAGAUGGUUGGUAUUUAAGGCGUGCGUAUUAAAACCAAAUUUCUAAAUAUUCUUUGAACACGAUGUUUUCAAGAUAUGAACAAGAUAUGAACUGUGCGUGAGAUCCAUCGUGUAUACCAUCUAUGACGCCCUUAAGGCAGUCCGCACUGAACUUUGUGCGAGAUUAAUUGUAUUGUAUUGCGUUGUAACAUAAAAGAGCUCUUGUUCUAAGGUAUGCUUUCGCAGGGCCGAUUCAUCGAGUUCUGUCAAGCCGUGGUAGACGAAUGGAGCGUCAAGUUGCGCACCAUCGAUGCAGUGGUCGAUGUGUGGCAGAAGGCGCAGUUGAACUGGUCUCGAUUGGAACCCAUCUUUAUUUAAGGCUUCGUCCCCCUUAAAAAUAUCCAUCCGCAUCCUCGGAAGCUGGUGCAUCUUGAGUGCUUUUCUCCCAUGGUAAGGAGAAAAGGGCAGCAAGAUGCGUCUCGCGAGGGAUAGGGCUGAGCUCUAAGAGAUGCAGUCCGACGAUAUCCGUGCUCAGCUGCCAGAUGACGCCAAGCGAUUCGAACAGGUCGAUGGUAAGUGGAAGGAGUUGAUGUUAGAUGCUUCCCAGAGCACCAUGAUCGUUGAGAUUUGUUGCGCAGAAGGACGGCUGGAUGCGUUGAAGUUACGCUGAUCAUGAUGAUGAUGAUGAUUUUUAUAAUAACCAUAAUCGACUUAUUAAUAUUUUGAGUAGAAGAUCCUUACCUAGGUCACCCAUCAUCCUCGGAGGCGAGCAUGUGCCUGUGGGACUCGUUGUGAAGGAUCCACAACCUAACCUAACCUAACCUAGUAGUAUGUAAGUGUUGCGAACCAAAUAGUGCCUGCAAUGUCGUUUUGCAAAUUUUGCUUCGAAGGGUAAAUAUGAACACCAGAAACAAAUAGCACAGAGAAAAUUCAUGGUCAAAGAAAUCAACACCUCUCUUGUCUACCAAGAUGAAUCCCUCACUUGCACUGACUUUCUAAGGUAGGAAAUCCACGAUACGAUUGAGACGUGCGAGAAAGCUUUGAACGACUACCUCGAACAAAAGAAGAAGGCUUUCCUUACGGCUUCGUCCCCUAGUUGAAUCCAUCUUCAGAAGAGUCAUCCGACCUUCAUUGUUGGAGUACGUACGUCUUUGAUGAUGAAGACUUUUUUUUGAAAAUUUGUCUAGGGAAUCCGACCUCGGAGAGAGGCUUUUCUUCAAUGGGAAAAGGGCCCUCCAGGAACAGGAUGGACGUUCUUGGGAUGAGCAGAUCAUGCAUCAAGCUCUAACUUCCCCCGCUUCUACUUCGUUGCGAACCAGGCUUUGCUUGAUAUCUUGUCCAACGGAAACCGACCACUCAAGGUCGCUGCCUACUUGGGCGAUGUCUUUGAUGCUACCAAGACCCUGGAUUUCUCCAAGGAGCCGGACACUGGUCGCAUCGCGAGUGGAAUGGUGGCGAAGGACGGCGAAUGCGUGGCCUUCCACGAGGACGUGCAGCUUACAUUAAGGCUCUUUUCUCGAGUAAUUAUUGGUCUUUGUUUGUUUUGAAAAGAGACUAGUACUACAAGAUCACGCUUUGCAGUUUGUUUCGAAAACAGACUAGUACAAUAUCUAUCACGCCUAUCACGCAAAGUGAAUACGAGAAGUACAAGGUCUUCUAAUCAGAGGUGCGGUCGAAGGUUACUUAUCGAGCUUGGAGAACCACGUUCGAUUGGCGUUGCGAGACCAGAUGGAGAAUGCGCGCAGCACCGCAGAGUCCUGGGAGGUGGAUAACCCUCGUGAGUUCUGGCUCGAGGCCUACUGCGCGCAGUUGGCUUUGUUGGUAACUUACGGCUUGCCCAUAUUCUAACUUUUCAUCUUGAGAUGACCGACGAAGCAUUUUUGAAGCAUCUGUGUUUGUUUUUCAAUUUCAAGAGAGGCACCCGAAGAAAACUACACGUUGUCAAAGAUGGUCAAAGAUGAUAACUUUUAGCAAGAUGAUGGUCUAAGCAAGGAUGAUGGUCUGGACUGA